UACGUUCCGGCUUCGUGGGUCGCAGUUCACUUUCGUCCGAGGUCCGAGAACGUGUGCUCCCCGAGAGUUUCCAGAAAGGCUCCUUAUAUUGGAUAAGACAACAGCUAGUAGUUGUGUCCUCCUUUACUCCCCCGCCGCCAUUCAACCAUUGAGCCAUUAAGUAGUCAGUAGUCUGUCUGCUGCUGCUGCCAGAGAGUGUCAUCCGGCUACCCCUGGGAAUAACAGGAGUUUGUUCCAGUCAGUGUUUGUUGGCCCUGUUGCCCCUAGUUGGCAAAAUCCUUGAAGUGAUUCGGUGUGCGUGUGUCUAAAUCUAGGUGUUUUUUUUGCUGGGAAAAGUCUAGCAGAGCAAAAAGAAAAACGAAAAAUCAACUCCAGAAAUUCCGUGCCAGUGAAGCAAGAGUGAAUUCCGGAAGGCAGAGAACGAAUCGAAUAGUAGAGUGUGGAUGUUUUCAUAGGCCAAUAGCUCAAAGCUGAACGCAAAUCUAGCAGCGUAAGCUUGUCGAUUGGAACGGGAAAAGUUUGCCAAGGCCGUAUAUUUUGCCACCAGGCCCUCUCAAGGUGUGUUAUUCCAAAGGAAGAAACCACAACAAAGUGUUAGCCAACAGCCAACCGAACCGUUUCGAGGAAGUUUUCAAUUUUCCGGGGAACGAUUUACGGUCGUUUGGAGCAACGCUGCGAGACGCACGUGAAUCGUAAAGUUGUAGGAAAGCAGCCCCCUUCUUAGCUGUGGAAGAAAGGUUAAAUAGUGAGCAGGAGUUUGGCAAAACAACUUCCGGUGCGAAAACCCGAAAACAGGAUUUCUACAGCUCGACGCCUCGACGCUUAGUCGUUUCAUCUAGAUUUACGUCUGAUUCUGCCAAGUCCAGCGGAAAAAAAGGCACCAGUAGUCGUCCCCGGGAGAGAAGCCAUUCAGCUGUCCUCCCACAAAACUAAUCAAUCGAUAGCAGCCUAAUUCGGCGAGCAACCUAAACCUAGUCAUCAUCAGCAUCGCCAUGAGAGCACCGGCACUGUGGGCGGCCAUCGGGGCUGUGCUAAUCUUCAGUGGCAGCGCCAACGCAUGGGGCGGCCUAUUCAACAGAUUUUCGCCGGAAAUGCUGGCCAACAUGGGCUACGGAAGCCACGGGGGAGCCUAUCGACCGCAAGCGUUCCUACAGAAUGAAAUCCUGGACGAAGAUCAGCAAAACCAGCGAGUCGAGGAGGACGUCUGCUACGGAAAACCCUGCUACUCCAAUGAAAACUGCUGCCCGGGACUGGUUUGUGUGAAUGUCGAUGGAGUUUCGCCUCUUUCAGUCAUCGGGCACUGUGUGUUUAUGCUGGGCCGGAAGUACGGGGAACUGUGCCGCCGGGAUUCGGACUGCGAAUCCGGACUGGUUUGCGACAUUUCGACCCUGAGCGGGGCCAGCGUUUGCCGUCCGCCGAUGGUCCUGGCCAAGCAGUACGCCGAGGAUUGCAUCACGUCCAGCGAUUGUGAUAUCACCCGAGGACUUUGCUGCCAGGUGCAAAGAAGACAUCGACAAGUGCCCCGUAAGGUCUGCUCUUACUUCAAGGACCCUCUGCUGUGUAUUGGAACUGUUGCUGCUGAUCAGGUGAAACACGAGAUCGAACAUACCGCGGGCGAGAAACGAAUCAUCUACAACAAACACUAAACGGUGUGUUAAAAUUUCCCAGUCAGACUGAACCACAUGCACUGAUCGUCAACAGAACUAAACAGAAAAUAGAAAAAAAAACCAGAGAGAAAAGGUCGAAGUGCAGAUAACUGCAGUAAUUAGCAAAAAAAAAAAAGUAGUAGAAAAAAAAUCAGAAACAAACAAACUAAAACAGUAUCCAAUGACAAAUGAGAGAGAACAAACUAAAUGACAUUAUUUGAGGGAAAAAAAGAAACACGUAUUCACUAACUCACUCAUGUACAGAGUUGUUUCAAGCUUUCUUCGGUUUUCUUUGGUUUUUCUUUUUCCCAUUUCACGUUGUGAAACCCUCUCCUCUGGAAUAAUGUGUAAUUAGAGGGGGUUGGCGCGAUAAACUUUCAGUUUUCCAAGAGAAGCUAACGGAUGCAAAUACUUAUAUAUAUACAGUUGAACGCGAGUAAUUUCGCGCAAGAGUCAAAGUUGAAUUAGGCAGCAGCAUGUUGAAGCCACUUUAUAAAGCCUGUAAUUGUUGAGCUGGAAGGUUCUUUGAAGAAGAAAAAAUCGCUGGCAGAAGAGAAAGAGUUUCACUUACAUUGAGAGUAUGUAUUUAUCUAGGAAUACACGUGAAAGUAAAACUUUAAGAAAGUUUUCACUCGUUGUGGUAAAGUAGUUAAGAGAAGAUAUAUAUUAAUGAAAACAAAUGAAACCAAAAGAAAAACAGACGCACUUUAUGAAGAAACUAAUACAUAUCAAUCAAUGUCCUUAUUGUACUUAGCAGGUUAAGAGAAAAGCUAAGCAGAAAUUUAAAAAAUAACUGAUAAACCAUUAGAAAAUUUUCUUUAAUACAUUAUCACAGUCAAAACCCUAAAGAUAUAUGUAGAUUGUAAGGUGCAGCUAAUAUUUGAAACGAGUAAAACAUAUCGCAUGAGUUUACAAUAUCCCUCCAAUAUUCGAAGACAAAAAAAUCAAAUUUAAACUUACAAAAACUCUCUACCAAAUGUUACCACCAGAGAAAAACGAACGGGGAAAAAAGUUGUUGGAGAUUUAUAUUACGCACACGCAAAUUGCUCUUCAACCCAUCGACCAGAAGGAAGAGAAACGGUUUAGGGAAAAGGUAUCGCAGUUGGUGCGUAUUGUGAAGAUACACCGGUGAUAGAGCAACGAUAGGCGGUUAAGGAUCUGGAAUCGGAAAAUAAAUUACUGAGCAAAAUCUCCUCCGGGGCAACAGAAACCAUUUCGAAGGAGCAAUGUGGGGGCUUUUUUGAUUCACCUUUCGAACGAAUAUUGACAAACGGGAGAUAGGAAUUGAUGAUGAUUUGAUUCUGAGCAAAUAGAAUCCAUUUAUUUCUGGAGUCCUCGUCUAGGUCAGGUCGAAAAAGCUCGUCCGAUGUAAGGACUAGAACAUUCUUGUUGAAAAAAUCAAUCCUCCGAGCGUCACCUUCUUCUACAAAGUCGCAUGAAGAAAAUGGCCCCAGACCAUUAAUGGUUCCGAUAAAUAACCCAACCUCUACUAGAAUGUCGUCUAUCAAACAGCAAUGACGCAUCAGCAGUAAUCUUAUUUUAGUCCAGCGAGUUCAACCAUCGUCAUAGCCAUAAUCAUCGUAAACAUCACCACAAUCAUUAUCAUCGCCAUCGUCAACAAUUCAAUCAUCAUCAUCACCGUCAUCAUGUGUGGAAAGAUGUCAAACGGAAAAUUUGCACCACAUUAUAAUCCAUUUAUUGUGUCUACGACACUCUAGCUAGGCUAGGAGCUCUCUGGAGCCACCACCAACAUCCAUCCUCAGAAACCGUUCCGCCAAAACCCUCAUCAAAACAGCUGAGCCCAAACGUAAAGCUACAACUUGAAAGGCAAUCGACCCGAAUGUGUAUGUAUAUCGAGAACGAGGUGUAUCUUCCAUAAUCAAUCUAGUUCUUUCGAAGCUCGAGAAAACCGCACUGCGUAGCCUAAUUGAAGGAACACUUUUGUAACAGAAACUCUAUCGAAAAUGUUUUGAAAAUUCGGAAAAAAUUUAAAUCAUAUAAAAAAAUAUUGAAACAUUUUCAAACCAUUUGUUGGUUUGAAAUCUACAUGGCAAAAGAUUUCCAUUUUUAAUGAAAUUUUUAGUCUGGUGAUUAAUGUUUUUUAAAAGAAAGUCAUAGAUUGUGCGUUCCAGUGGAAUUUUUUUCCGGUUCCUUCAAGUAUGCAAUGCUCCAAAAUGCACGUGUAAAAUUUAAAUCUCUCAGUUGGAAGGAGGUAAAAUAAAAAAAAAAUCAAAUCCACGCAAACAGAAGAGUCACAAAUAUUAUACUGAUAUAAUCGGUUCUUAUGCAACAAAACAUAUCGUUAUAUUAAAGUUUAAAAACCGCUAAAAUCACCUAGUUUUAUAGAAUCUACCAGUUAAGACUAGUGCGUAAAGUAUAUCUUACAAAGCCAGAAAAUUAAAAAAAUACAAAACCUAAUGAUAAAAUUAACACACUGGCUGAAGCAUCUACAUAUCAUAUGUUAAGUAUGUUACAAACUUUAUUGAAUUUGACAAAUUAAAACUCACAAGAAACAAAACAGCAACAAACAAAAACAGUAAUCAAUUAAAGAGCAGCGGAAAUAGACGAAAGCAAAAGGAAACAUAAACUCAGAAGAAGUUAUGGUUGAAUUCGACAGGGACAAAAAACUAUAAGCUAAAACAUCGGACUAUAAAACGAAACUUCUUCGAUAACGGACUAACCAAAUUUUGCUCCUCAGAGACGACAUUCAAUCACUUCUGAUUGAAGCUUAAAAAACGAAGAAACCAACAGCUUUUAUCUAACCGCAAAUGCAACAUCAUUCUAGACAACAAUCAAAUUUCAAUCAAAUCUAUAAACCAAAACGAUCAACAGAGUGAUUCAAAUUAGGUAAGCAAAUAAAAGAAAGAGAACACAACAGCUGCAAACCAAGACUAGAUGCUAAAUGAAUAACAAAUAUUUCCAUUCGACAACAAGAAAGCGUACCAAUGAAAAGAAAGAAAUAAAAACAAAGCAGAAGCAAAAAUUUUCCCAUCUAGAAGUAACAACAUUCUUUGAACAUUCUUAAGCUAAGGGAAACAAACCGAGAUCACUCUGUCAAACGAACAUUUCGUUAAUCGAGCAUUUGUUAGAAUGUUGCUCUUGAAAACAAAAUAUUCCCGGAAAGUUGUUUGAAACUCUCAAUGACUCAAUGACAACAAAAACCAAUCUACGACUAUUAUAAAACCAAAUACAUAGCUGCUUUCUUAGGCAGACUGAACGAUACUGAUUAAAGACAAGUUGAACUACCAUACCAUAGAGAAGAAAAAAAAGUUUUCUGAAUGUUGUUUGAAAUAAGAACGGAGACAAUUCAUUACAACAAAUUGAACAAUCCUCUUCCAAAAAAUUCACACUUUAAAAAUCUUAUCAAAAACCAACCUUGAAAACGGUCAGCUUAAGCUCAUCACCUUGAAAAUUCUUCGCUGCUAUUCUGAUUUUCGGUAUCCCACGGUUUUGUUACCUUGUGCUAAACAUGGUAAAGUAUCUCUAUAAAAAUACAUCAUUAUCCAGUCGUUAAUGUUGCAAACAAACAAACUAACUAACUAACAUUUUAGAACACCCAUCGCCAACAACGUACACUUUUUCUUCCGGCAACAAGUUCUCACAGCACUCACUCACUUUUGGCCCACCUAGUCACCAUUCCUUUGUAAAAAGUUCCGUAACCAUUUCCGCAGUAUCACACUGGAGAGAGAGAUAAGCGAAACACACACAAGAGAAAAAAAAAACCAAACCCAAGAGCACAGCUAAAAAGUUUCAAACAGGAAAGCUAAUACAUACAUAGAACAUGGAAUCAACCACAAGACGCAAAAAAAAACAAUACAUGAAAUCCUCCUCUAUGCACCCACAACAACUACAACAACAACAACAACAUUACCGAAAAGGACUCCAGGAAUGCAAACAAACCCAGUAAAUAUAUGUGUAUAACUUUCAAGAACUCAGAAACAA